AUGUUUCGUUCAUCGCUUCAUUACUUGAAGCUAAAUGUAAGUUGUCUCCAAGGCGCAACGUCAAUUAGUAAAUUGCAAGCGCUCAAAUGUAGAAAUAUUACAACUAGUCUCAUAAAGCAUGGAGAAUUUAACGCCAAAUUCUUGAUUGUUGGUGGUGGCAGUGGAGGAAUUACUGUAGCUUCUACUUUGACUAAGAAGUUUGGCGCUGGAACCGUUUGGAUUGUGGAACCAUCUGAGUAUCAUUACUAUCGGAGCUUAUGGCCAAUGAUCAGUUGCGGAAUAAAAGUUUCCAGUCGAUCUCAGCUGCCAACGAGGAAAGUAUUACCUUACGGAUGUGAGUGGUUAAAAACUGCAGCUGCUCGGUUUGAUCCUGAUAAUAAUUGUAUCUUUACGGAAGAUGGCGACAAGGUGAAAUACGAGUACUUGGUUAUUGCCGUUGGAGUACAACCUCAAUUCGAUCAGAUUACAGGUUUAGUUGAAGCUGUUGCAAAUGGUUCUGCUACAUCGAUAUACGAUACUGAUGACGUCGCUAAGACUUAUGAGAGACUGCAAGAAUUUCGGUCCGGAGAAGGGUUAUUUGCUUGUUCGAGGUCUACUGUUAAUUGCGAUACGACGACGCUUAGCAUGGCCUAUUUGGUCGAUGAUUAUUUGCGCCAGUCUGGAACCAGAACAAAAGUACAAAUAGACCUGUUUACUCCUUUUGAGCAAUUGUUUCUGGUUGACAAGUAUUCGAAGCGCUUAGAUGAAAUUUGUCAACAGAAAAAUGUACUUGUUCACAAAGGUUACAAUCUACUUGAGGUCGAUGAUGAUCGAAAGUUAGCGUUUUUUAGGAAGGAAGACAAUGAAUCUACUGACAAACUUGAAAUGAAGUUUAAUUUUCUAUAUGUGGCCCCCCCUUUAGCUCCUCCUAAGGUCCUUGGAUAUAGUAAAUUGGCUGAUAUGAAAGGAAUGCUUAAUGUUGAUGCGCAAACAUUGAUUCAUAAGGAGUUUGGUAAUGUUUUUGGCAUUGGUGACUGUAUUGGUUGUGGUGUUGGUAGAUCUCUUGGUGCAGUAGGUGCGCAAGCGAAAGCUCUACAAAAGAAUAUUGAGAGUAUUCUACUUGGCCUGCAGCCAAAAGCUACAUAUUCUGGUUAUGCCUCAUGCGGCAUUUUUACUGGCAGCAAAAAGUUACUUUUUGCUGAAUAUGACUACAAUUUUGAACCAUUAGAAACAUUUCCUUUUAAUCAAUCCAAGGAACGUAAAAGUUUGUUUCUACUUCAACGAGACUAUUUUCCUGAACUAUACUGGAAUGGCUUAGUAAAGUUAGUAAUACAGCAUUAA